ACGCAUCGCGCCAUUGUUGCCAAAAUUCUUGAAAACGGAAGGCUGUAGGUUUCAACGGCCGUUGUCUGAUGUGUAGGUCCUAGAGGCACAUGGCUACAACCUCUGCCCAGCCUGCAGACGGCCCAGCCAGCAUAGCUGCACAGCAUGCGCGCCUCCUCGAGCGGGCAGCCGCUCUGCAGGGCGAGCUCGAGGUCUUCGCUGCCCACCUGAGCGAGGCCUACCGGGGAUAUUUCCAGAACGUGCCGCCUCUGGUCUGCUCCGGCAUGGCUAGCACCGUCCGCGCCGAGAUGGACGUGCUCGAGCGCGCGGCCAAGGACGCGGACGAUGACAGCCUCGCCGCGCACCGCAUCCACUCGACGAACCUCCCGUUCCUCGAGGCCGUCUGGGACACGGCGAAGCGGGCCAGGGACAUUGUCAAGAUGCGGCACGCCGUGUCGAGCAAGAAGCCCCGCAAGCAUCUCCUCGCUCCCGGCACGCGCAUCGUCCGGCUCGAGGGCGACUCGAGGGCGUCGCGCGACUGCAACAUCAUCAUUGAUCUCGUUGCUGAUAGCGGCCACUCCUGGUACAAGGUCUCGUCAAUGACCAAUAAGCGGCUGCUAUAUGACAUGGCCAAAGAGGCCGUCUACUGCGGCGACAGUAGUAGCGAGGAUGAAGACGACCAUGACAGUACUGCUGGCGGUGCCUUGCUUCAUGAAAAUGGCCCGGCCGGCAAGCCAGAAAACGGCAUCAUGCUCGACGGCAUCCCCCUGGGCGAGAUCGACAUCCCUCUAGUCAAGCUGGCCAAGAAUCUGGCCGACGCAGCACAAGGCUAUCGGAUCCGGUCCAGGAGUCCAGAGGUGUAUCUCGUGCUGCCCAGGAUGGUGCGAGGCGAACACCCUCAGAUUGACAAGAUCCUUGCCAUAUGCCACAGCGCUGGCGUCCGCGUACUCUGCAGUGGUGACCUGACAGCCCCGGAUCCGCUCUCGCCGGCACUCCUCAGCCAGAUGGCACCGAGCCCACGAGACCGCCUCGCGCACGUCUUCAACGUGGACACGUCGGUCCUCGUCGGCCUCGCGUCCGACUUCUCGCACACAAACGUCGUGCCCGACCCGUGGUUUCGCAAGUCCCACAGUGACCAUGCCAAGCUCGAACAGGAGGAGAAGCUGCUGUCGCUCAUUUUCCCGACCCUGGGCGACCGGCAGCUCGUCUGCACAAAGGAGGCCGCCGCGUCGUUCCGCACCAUUGUCGACACCAUCGCCAGGCCCUCGGAAAGGGCCAGAGCGGAGCUUCUCCUCUGGGGCGAUGCCACAAUGUCUCGCCAGCAGCGCCUGGCAGAGCUACAAAAGCUCUCGCUGUACCCAGUGCCACAGGAUCUGCAGCUGCCCAUACGCGUCGAGGGCGACGAGGAGAGUUGUCACGGCCGCCUCUCGCCCGCUGCCAUGGCCGCCAUGACGGACAUUCCCAAUCCGGGACGUGCCGUGUUCGCAGCCGGCUGGGCGAAUGGCCACACCACCGUCACCUGCAACUCCGUCGCGGUGAAACAGCUCGAGAGGGACCUGGAGAAUCUGCCCGCGCUGGAAGACCCGUGGCCGUCAAUCCAAGAUCGAGGAAGACGAAACUCGCAAAGGAGACAUGAUACUUUGUAUUCCGGAUGAAAUAUCGGUUUCUCGAACAGUCAAAGGGGCUGUAGAUAUAGAGACCGGAGCGUAUUAAUGUAGCCCGCCCGGAGCAUCUCAAAGUCAUAACUUGAUCAUUAUGCCAGAAAAGGUAAUCUGAUACUCUAGAACGCUGGACGCCAGGACCUGAUGGCCUGUCCAAAACUCGAAAUACUACUUGACUCCGAGACCCCGAUCUGAGGCAGCGAUAUCUG